CAUCUUCCUUUCAGUCUUUCUCUCGUUGCCAGUCACGCUUCCCCAGAGAGAGAGAGGGAGAGAGAGGGAGAGGCCAAAACGAAGCUUCACCCCCUCAAAACCACACACUUCUUCCCCAAUUACGACGUCGUUUCCCACCCAUGACUCCUGUACCGUCAUCCCUCUUCGCCACUCUCUCCGUCUCCUUGUUCUUCUUCGUCUUUCAAAUGGUCUCUAUACAUUCGCUAUCCACCACACCCAUGAACUGUACGGACACGUCUCGCCUCUGCACCUCCUUCUUGGCCUUCAAGCCCACCCAGAAUCAGACUCUCGCUCUGAUCCAGUCCAUGUACGACGUCCUCCCCAAGGACCUCACCGUUGAAGCCACCGACCCCAACUACGUCUUCGUAAAAAAGAACUGCUCCUGUGAGUCUUAUACGAAGAAGUACUUCACCAACACCACCUUCACUGUGAGGGCCAACGAUGGGUUCAUCAGCGACCUGGUGGCGGAGGCCUACGGCGGCCUUGCGGUGGUCCCCGGAUACGGACGGCGAGCCAGGGUCGGCGCGGUGGUCACGGUGAGGUUGUACUGUGGGUGUUCGAUUGGGCUGUGGAAUUAUUUGAUGAGCUAUGUGAUGAGAGAUGGGGACAGCGUUGAAUCUCUGGCGAGUAGGUUUGGGGUCAGUAUGGGUAGUAUCGAGGCAGUGAAUGGGAUUGAUAAUCCUGAUAAUGUUACUGUGGGUGCCCUCUAUUAUAUACCGUUGAAUUCAGUUCCUGGUGAGCCUUAUCCUUUGGAGAAUGCCGUUCCUCCUGCUCCUGUCCCUGCAACAUCCAAUAGUAACUUUUCAGUAGUUCAGGCGAAUCAUAAGGAUCAUGUUCCAUAUGGAUGGAUCAUAGGGGGUUUGGGAGUUGGUCUUGCUCUGAUAGCUGUACUUCUAGUUAUAUGUGUUUGUUUGAAAUCAUCAAGCUGUUUUGCUAAAGGCCGAGGAAGUCUUGCAAAAGAUUCUGAUGGGAAGAAUCCCCAUAAGUUUCAGAUUCUUCGGACAAGAAGUUACUGUUGUGGUUCAGGAAGAUAUAGCUGCUGCAAAUCUGCAGAUGUGAAGCAAACUAAUGGAGAAUCUAGCAACCUCCAGAUGAAUAUUCCUAAAGCUAUAGGGACUGAUGUAUUUGACAUGGAGAAGCCUGUGGUUUUCACAUAUGAAGAAAUUCUGUCUUCAACUGAUGGUUUCUCUGAUUCAAAUCUUCUGGGGCAUGGGACAUAUGGUUCUGUGUAUUAUGGUGUUCUUCAUGAUCAGGAAGUUGCAAUAAAAAAAAUGACUGCUACAAAAACUAGAGAAUUCAUGUCAGAGAUGAAAGUUCUGUGCAAGGUUCACCAUACUAAUUUGGUAGAAUUGAUUGGUUAUGCGGCUAGUGAUGAUGAGCUCUUUCUUAUUUAUGAAUAUGCCCAAAAAGGUUCACUUAAAAGCCAUUUACACGAUCCUCAGAACAAAGGCCAUACAUCGCUUUCUUGGAUCAUGAGGGUUCAGAUUGCACUUGAUGCUGCUAGAGGGAUCGAAUACAUCCAUGAGCACACUAAAACUCACUAUGUCCAUCGAGAUAUUAAGACAAGCAAUAUCUUACUUGAUGGUGCCUUCAGGGCAAAGAUUUCAGAUUUUGGGUUGGCAAAACUUGUUGGAAAGACUGGUGAAGGAGAAGCUUCAGCUACAAGAGUUGUUGGAACCUUUGGUUACCUGGCUCCAGAAUACUUGAGUGAUGGCCUGGCCACAACAAAAAGUGAUGUAUAUGCCUUUGGCAUUGUUCUUUUUGAGAUAAUUUCGGGGAAGGAGGCCGUUACACGAACUGAAGGCAUGGUGAUGAAAAAUCCUGAAAGACGUUCACUGGCAUCCAUUAUGUUAGCAGCUCUUCGGAACUCACCCAAUUCCAUGAGUAUGUCAAGCAUGAAAGAUUGCAUUGAUCCUAAUUUGAUGGAUUUGUAUCCCCAUGACUGUUUAUACAAGGUGGCUAUGUUGGCGAAGCAAUGUGUAGAUCAUGAUCCCAUUUUGCGGCCAGACAUGAAGCAAGUUGUGAUUUCGCUGUCACAGAUCCUCUUAUCCUCUGUUGAAUGGGAGGCAACUCUUGCUGGGAACAGCCAAGUAUUUAGUGGCCUUGUCCAAGGAAGAUGAUGAGACAGCAAUUACUCUAUCAAUCCCACUGCUUCAGCAUUCUUUUUCAUAGUUUUCAUCAUUAUGAUUAUGUGUGUGUAUAGUAGCAAAGAUUUUCCACUAAAGCUGGUAAGAUUAUGGUAUUUAUUCAUGCCGACCCCUUUUUCCUUUUCCCUUCCCCUUUUUCUCUUCAAUGAUGUAUUCUUUUUGAGGUUUCCUGUGAGAAAAUUUUGCUAUAAUGUAAAAAAGAAAAAAAAAAUGUGACUAGAACUUGACAAUGGUGUGGCUGGUUUCAAUUCAAGCAAGCUAUUUAGUAGCUUUACUUCUU